AUGCCGAGUGACAGGUCCUGCAUGACCAUCCCGAGCCAGAGUCCCCUAUAUAUGAAGGGCUACUGCCAAAUUGAAGCCAUCCUGGCCUCAGCCGGCGGGACGAUUGCCAGCUGCAGCGGGUCUACUGUUGGUGGCGUGAUGGCAGCUGUCAGUGGGGCGAACGGCGGCGGUGGGGUGACCGGCGGCGGCCAGAUGACCGGCGGUGGGGUGACUGGCAGUGGUGGGGCGACCGGUGGCGGCCGGACGACUGGCAGCGGGGUGACUGACGGCGGUGGGGCAACCGGUGGCGGACUGGCGGUGGCCGGACGACCGGCGGCAGGGUGA